CACACACACACACAUCACGACAACAUUCACAACACACUCUCUUCUUAAGCCCCCCUCUCUCUAUCUCUCUAUCUCUCUAUCUCUUCUUCCCUACCGAUCCCAUCGUCACUUUCCUUCUCUUCCUUCUAUCGGUUUCUCUCCACCAUGGCUGAAAAGGUCACUGACAUGAAGCUCAACGUUGACCUUCAGUGCUCCAAGUGUUACAAGAAGGUCAAGAAGGUUCUCUGCAAAAUCCCUCAAGUUCGAGACCAGAGGUUCGACGAUAAGCAGAACGUGGUGAACAUUACUGUGGUGUGCUGUGACCCGGAGAAGAUCAGAGACAAGAUCUGCUGCAAAGGAGGAGGUGCUAUCAAGAGCAUUGAGAUCGUCGAGCCGGCCAAAAAGCCUGACAAACCUUCCGAGAAGCCCAAGGACAAGCCCGCCGAGAAGCCUAAGGAGAAGCCCGCCGACAAACCAGCCGAGAAGGCCAAGGACAAGCCCGCAGACAAACCUGCCGACAAGCCAAAGGACAAGCCCGCUGACAAACCUGCUGACAAGCCCGCGGAAGCCAAGCCGAAGAGUCCCGGUCCGGUCCCGGUUCAGCCGCCGGUGGCGGUUCCGGCGGGAAUGGUGUUUACGCCGUAUCCUUGUGGGCCAUACUACCAUGGGUACGGUCAGCCUGCCAUCGUUUACGACGGGUAUUAUGGAAGGCCGGUAUACGACAGCUACGGCGGCGGAGGAAGGCCUGUCUACGUCAGCCGGUGUGAUCAGUACUUCAGCGAAGAAAACCCACAGGGCUGUUCAGUCAUGUAAAUCCCUAAACGGUGGUCAAAUUCAAUUUUCUGUUUUUCUUCAUAUUGUUCAGACUAACAGAGUGUUUCAUGUGAAUGUGGAUUGUGGAGAUAGAAACGGUGGGCCCACAAUAAUAAAAAUAUUAUUGUUGCUUUU